GGGGGCGGGGCGUGGGCGCCGGGGCGGAACCCGAGGGCCGGAAGCGGACGGAACCCGGGGUCCCGCAAUCGGCUCGCCAUGGACGAGGCGGACCGGCAGCUCCUGCGGCGAUGCAGGGUGCGCCUAGUGAGCGAGCUGCAAGUCGCGGAGCUCUGGGACGCUCUGCUGAGUCGAGAGCUCUUCACGCGCGACAUGAUCGAGGAUAUUCAGCAGGCAGGCUCUGGGUCUUGGCAGGAUCAGGCCAUGCAGCUGGUCACAGACCUUGAGACCCGAGGGAGGCAGGCCCUUCCUCUCUUCAUCUCCUGCUUAGAGGACACAGGCCAAGGCACCCUGGCUUCAGUCUUACAAAGCGGUCGGCAAGCAGCCAAGCAGGAUCCAGAGGCUGUUAAACCCCUAGACCACCUGGUGCCUGUGGUCCUGGGACCAAUGGGACUCACAGCAAAGGAGCAGAGAGUUGUGAAGCUGGACCNGUCACAGCCUGCCUUGGGAAACCUCACCCCAGUGGUGCUGGGGCCAGAAGAGCUCUGGCCUGCUCGCCUCAAGCCAGAGGUUCUCAGACCAGAAACACCCAGGCUGGUGGACAUUGGUUCUGGCGGAGCUCAUGAUGUCUGUGCUCCAGGGAAGAUCAGGGGACAUGNAGAUAUGGCAUACACCCUGGAUUCGGAUCCCUGUGGCCACUGCCUCAUCAUCAACAAUGUGAACUUCUGCCCUUCCUCGGGGCUCCGCACACGCACCGGCUCCAACGUGGACCGUGACAAACUUGAGCACCGUUUCCGCUGGCUGCGCUUCAUGGUGGAGGUGAAGAACGACCUGACUGCCAAGAAAAUGAUCACGGCUUUAAUGGAGAUGGGGCACCAGGACCACCGUGCCCUGGACUGCUUUGUGGUGGUCAUCCUCUCUCACGGCUGCCAGGCCAGUCACCUCCAGUUCCUGGGUGCUGUCUAUGGGACAGAUGGAUGCUCUGUGUCCAUUGAGAAAAUUGUGAACAUCUUCAACGGGAAUGGCUGCCCCAGCCUGGGAGGGAAGCCCAAGCUCUUCUUCAUCCAGGCCUGCGGUGGUGGUGAGUGGCCUGGAGCCCACUGGGAGUGGGGCUGGCAGGGAACCAGGAUAACCCCACCUUAGCCCCUCACUGGGUCCGUGGGCUUCUCCACA